AAGCCUUUGAAAUGGUAGUGCGGCACGCCAGGAACUACACCAACUCAAUGUUCAGGAAUUACUACCGCCAUGUGGCUGCCAGAACUUUUAAAUUGGUGGGGGAAUUCUUUACCGACAUCUCCUUGUCCAUCUUGGGUUCGGAUAUCAACGUCAAUGACAUGGUGGAUGAGCUCUUUGACAGCUUGUUCCCCUUGAUCUACCCGCCCGUGAUUAAUCCAGGAGCCCCCGAUCCUCCCGUUGAGACCACGGAGUGUCUGCGGCUAGCCCGGCGAGACUUAAAGGCUUUUGGCCCCUUCCCCAAAAUCAUGAUGACCCAGGUGUCCAAGUCCCUACAGGUGACUCGGGUCUUCCUCCAGGCACUCAACCUUGGCAUUGAAGUGGUCAACACCACCGAUCAUUUGAGGUUCAGCAAGGAUUGUGGACGGGCGCUCCUGAAGAUGUGGUACUGCCCCCAGUGCCAGGACCUCCUUACAGUCAAGCCGUGCGCAGGAUUCUGUGGUGGUGUGUUGCAAGGAUGCUUGGCCAGCGUGGUGGAAAUCGACAGUUACUGGCGGGAAUACCUCCGCUCCCUGGAAGGAAUGGUGAAGGGCAUGAAGGGCACCUACGACAUCGAACACGUUCUCCUCAACCUCUUCUCUUUGGUUCAGGACGCAAUCGCUUACAUGCGGAAGAAUGCUGGGAAGUUGGCCACAACUAUCAGCAAACUGUGUGGCCCUUCCCAGCAGAGGCAGCACCGAUCAGCUUGGAGUCCCGAAGAUCAUGUUGCUGACCAGAGGAUGAUGGGCGCAACUCUGGUGGAACCCCAAGAAACCCUAUCCAGUCGAAAGAGGGAACUUGUCGCAAAACUGCGGGCCCACAGUGGCUUUUACAGCAGCUUGCCAGAAUAUAUCUGCAGCCACAGUUCCACGGUGCAGAACAACACGUUUUGCUGGAACGGCCAUGAAGUUGUGGAAAGAUACAGCCACCCGCCCACGAGGAACGGAGGGCGAUCUCAGUUGGGACAGCACGAGGCUAAGGCCAAAGGACCCGAGCCCGUCAUCAGCCAGAUCAUCGACAAGCUGAAGCACAUCAACCAGCUGCUAAAAGGAAUGUCUGCCUCUCGCCGAAAACAUCUGGACCGCCUUGAAGAUGAGGACGGGGCAGAAAGUGGGGAUUGCGAUGACGAAGAUGUCUGCGAUGGGGCUGGGGCUUCUGGAAACGGCGAAUUAAGAGUGAAGAAUCAGCUGAGAUUUUUGGCAGAGCUUGCAUACGACCUGGACAGUGAAGGCACUCCUUCAAACAAGCAGCUUGUGAAUCAACAAAGCAAAGAGACUACAACAGGUCACAGCCUCGGUGCCAAGGAUCCAAUGCCGAAUCUUCACCUGGUGGCAACUGUCAUAAUGUUGUGGCUUUUUCUGACGGCCAAAUGACUUGAAUUAACUCUCGGCCGUGGUCCAGGGUGAAUCUGUGAUCGUUUGCGUUGUGAAAAUGCCCUACAAAUCUUUUGUCCUUCUGAGGCACUUGGAAAGAACAACUUUGGAAAUAUGACUGAAUUUUUUUUAAAGAAAAAAUAAUAAGCAUUUCCAAGAAGAGCUUGUUUUAGGUCUGGCAAAAAAGACCAGUGCUUGUAUUUUAAAGAAUUUGCAUUCAAUUACGAAAGGGUUCAAAAAAUACUCAACUUGUAUCACCUAUGAAUUUUGUGAAGAUGAACGUUUUUCCCACUGCUGUCUAGAACGACAGCGACGCGCUGCGUCCUCAGUGAAUUGGAGUGAGCAAAACAGUUACCGGAUUAAACACCAUCAGCAAACUUUUUAAAACACACUUCGUUUUGGUCUUGAGAUCAAAACCCAGCUUGCAGUGGGAGCAGGAAACAAUUCCAAAACCAAGAAUGGUUCUGCGGCCUGGAAGUGUUGCUCUGAGAUCUGGCUUUGGCAUUGCAUUAAUAUUGGUGGCAAAAUUGACAUGAGGGUAGCAAUUUGGACGGUUGACUUAACACUGGAUUCUGGCUAUGAAUGAGCUGCGUAUUUAUUUUUUAAAAGGUAGUCAAUUUUAGAUGGGCUCUCAACUGCAGAAUUGCCCAUAUUUUCUUAGACAGGACUAAUGCAAUGCACACGUGUGGCUGACAGGAGGGUGGCGGAUAAUGGGCCAUUCCAGAGCUAUCGUCCAGCUUCAGAAGAUGCUCAGAUGUUUUCCAGAAAGUCAACAGGAGCGAGCAUGCUUUUGUAAUUUUUUUUUUUUUUAAUAUUCUGUAUCACUUUGUCUGUUAAUAUAUUGUGUUCUGAGGCUGUCUUUUGAGCAUGGAAAUGGGAAUCUCUCAGAGGCCACCAUAGCCCCCCAUUUGGCUGCUGUGGAGAUUUUUUUUCUUUUUUAUACUGUAAUUUGCAUCAGAAAUAUGAUGAGAUGGAGACAGGGAGAACGGUUUUUUCUUCGUCUUUAAAAAUAAAUAGAUUCUGCCAUCAUUCGAAGGCUGUUGAUCACAUGCAUCGCUAUCUUGCGUUUUUCUGGUCGUGUGUGUGAGUGCGCGUUUGCACAUAUGCGUGUGCCUGUGAGAGGAAGAAACAGCUGUUUUGAAAGUUCUGGAAUAAAUGCAGUGCUAUCACCAUGCAUUUUUUUCCAGAGCAUAUUUUGCAGCUUACACCCUGUUUAGAAGUAUCCACAUUUGGUGAUAUUCAAGCUGAUAGAUGUCUA